ACUUGCACUAGUUCACUAUUGUACGGGCUGAUGGUUCUUCUUGUGCACCAGGAGCUCCCGCGCCAGCUCCGUGAAGUUGCACCCCCCCCCACAGACCGCACAAACGAUGAAACCCACCUCAUUCGUUAGUGCUACUUUUGUGCCGUUGAAAGUAACUUCCCAGCUGCUUUCGUUCCCGAGAUAUAGCGCCUUGUUUUUCGGGUGACCGCGUCUGCCGAGAUCAAGCGCUCGGUUACCGGUGCGGGAGGUGCAGUUCUGACAGUGUUUCUCUGUCUGCCGGUGGGGGGGUAGCGGUUGGUUUUGUGGUUUUGCUUUUAAUACCAGUAUCUUCUGUGCCUUUGUGUGCACAGGAAAAUUAAAAUUAUCACCAAUAUCAUACCCUAAUCCGAAGGAUUGCGGAUGUGGGUUUAAAAGGCGAACAUUAGCGAGCAAGUGCGUGUUGUUACGAAGAGCCUUUAACGCGCACGUCUUCAUAUUUCGUCGUUCAGGUGGGCGGCUGUGUCAGCAAGCGCAGGCUGCAAAGGAACAAGUACGAGGUUUAUUCCCCGCUGGGAAAAAAAGGAAGAAAAAACACAACGUUUUGGCCGUGGAGCCUUCUUCAGGUGUGAGAAAGACGAGGCAGUAAAAGCAAAAGUGUUUACUGCCGCGUCUUCUCACACCUGAAGAUGAUAAACCUGUUACUUGUUCCUUUGCAGCCUACGCAUGCUGAUACCCUGCUUGAUAAAGGUAUUGUAUGACAGCUGUGCUAUUGCGUAAUUACGAGAUGAGAUGAGGGUGAGGACGUUUUUUUUAACUGGUGGCAGCAGUGGUUAACCCAGGCGCUACUUGAAGACAUCUUUCUUAGCACGUUGUGCAAAGUUUCCCGGGACUCAAGGUGCAAAGGUGAGUAGAUCCCGGGCGAGGGGGAGGGACACAUCGGCCCUUCCUGGAUAGUUAAUGCGCACCAACUUACCAGCGAGCCUCGGCGCAUCUUCAUGAACUCAUUUCGAGUGUUCUCACCAUUUCCCAUUUCAUAUGAUCUAGUUCCACGUUUAUUUUGAACAGGAUGGGGUUUCUAAAACCUCUGCCUACGGGCGCUUGUAUACGCGUCGCCUGACUCCAGCUGUCCGGCUCUCUCUGGGUUCACACUGUCCGCGUUCCGCUUAAGGAAUAAUUCGCUUCGUGCCGAAGUUGGCAAAAUAUGGCAACGGAUACAGCGCCGUAUUUCCGCAUAGAACAUGAAUGCUGCUGCUGCUCUUAUAAAGUGAUACAAUGAUAUAACAAGAGUCCAGACUGCGGUUUUGUUGACUCCAGCCGGGAAAACGGAAAUUUAUGAUGGUUGUAAAGACAAUGAUCGAGAGGACCGGGCGCCCAGUCCUGGAUCGCGCCAGUUCCUGAGUCCAGUUCCCCACGAAUCCUCCCAAAGCUGCACAGCGAAAGGACCUGCUGACAGACCCAGGCGGUGACCUGACCCCCGCAGCCGGAGCACGAUCCUCUCCGGAGAGGACGUGGAAUGGAAACCUAUCGGAUGCCUCCAUGAUGAGGAAGACAGAGGGCGGAGAACAUUGACCUGAACGUCAACAAGAUGUUUUGUUCCAGGACUAAGCAUUUCUACCUGCUGGUACUUUCUUGCAGUGGUGUCUGGUUUCUUUACACACAUAACUUUCAUUCCCAUAAGAGACCUGACCCACCAAAUGUAAGAGACCAGCUCUGGAACACCGGAAACUCUUCUGUGAUAAGCGGUGGCACGUCUGGCAUCAGUCUUGCGAAACAAGCCAUAGUUCGUGUGGAAAAUGCCAAAGCAUUUGUGAUUUCAGCAUACUUCGAUGACAGGUUUUCACCUGGCAUGGUGCGUAUUAUAGGGAUUGUAUACCGGGCUGGGUAUCCAAAUUUCUACUGCCACUUCAGCGACACCAAGCAGAUCUUAACCAUCAAGGCAAAGGUGCUCGUUCACAAUGAACACUUUAACUUCCCCUACGGCACAGCCGACUUCCUGUGCAAGACCCCCGCUGGGGCAGGGGACUUCCCAUUCGUCCACGUCGGCGUCAGCCCGCAGAUGGACCCACCUGGCUCGUUCCUGAAAAUCCGCAACACCGUCAAAAACAUCUCCGCAGAUUUCCCGUCCAAGUUCUCCGUAUGCAUUUCCACGAUGUUUGGGAAUUACAGCAAUGUGCUGCAGGUUGUUCAGGCCGUGGAGAUGUACAGGAUUCUUGGGGCUCACAGAGUGAUUUUUUACAAGAGCAGCUGCAGUGCCCUGAUGCAGAGUGUGCUGGACUACUACACAACCCUGGGAGUGGUGGAGGUCAUUCCCUGGAACAUCCACUUGCACCUCAAAGCCUCUGCUGGGUGGCAACCCCAUGUGCACCCAGGGGACCUGCACUACUACGGCCAGGUCACUGCGUUGAAUGACUGCAUCUACUACAAUAUGUACUCCAGCCACUACGUGGUCCUGAACGACAUCGAUGAAGUCAUUGUUCCCAACUUGCACCAGGACUGGGGCGAGAUGAUGAGGUUCCUUUCCAGGAGGCACCUGGGAGUGAACGCUUUCCUCUUCGAAAAUGCCGUCUUUCCCUACAGUGUGUUCGGGGACAACGGGACCUUCGACCUGGAGCGUUGGGCGUCCAUCCCCGGGGUCAACAUCCUGAGGCACGUGCACCGCGAGCCCGAGAGGUUCUUGACCUUCAAUCCCAGGAAGCUGAUCGUGAACCCGCGGGCCAUGAUCUGGACCUCAGUGCACAACGUUCCGUGGCUCAGUGGGGACUGGCUGAAAGUGUCUGGUACCGUAGCCAGGCUGCAUCACUACAGAACCCCAGAACAACCACACCUGCGCAAGGAGGACCUGAUCAGAGACACCACCCUGUGGAGAUACAAAGCUUCCCUCACCAGGAACGUAGACCAUGUUUUACAGGAGGUACUCGGGAAGAAAUAAGAGGGGACAGGAUAAAUCCUGCUUGUACACAAUACUAGAAAUCUGGAACACUGCAUCACCAGUGGGGUCUUUAAGAUGCAGUAUAGGCCAAAGUGUUUGAAAAUAGUUAAACUUCAUGAAAUGAAAUAAGAAAGACCCAGUGCAUGGGAUGCAGUGGUUCAGUAAUUGUACGAAAAAUAAUAUAUAAUAAAAGAAGCUAAAUUAAUGAAAGAAUUCUCACUUUCUAGAGGAGCUCAAAGGCUGCAUUGGUGAGAGACUCGGAGUCUGGGAAAAAACAUUUCCUGGUUUUCAGAACACCAUGGCCGUCCGUUGUGGUUUCACAGUUGAGAGAUGGAAGUUGUCCAGAAAUUCCCAGUUCCUUUUUUUCUUUUUAGAACUUCCAGUUGCCACCUUUUGACUUACAGUGUGGCGGAGAGCUACUUAGUGUUUUCAGUGACUGAACAGUUUUUUACAGAAGUGUCACUUCCCACAAAGUGUCAGGCAUUGUUUUCUGGACCGCUACAAGACACUGUACUGAUUUGACAUUUUGUGUUUAGUCAGUCUGAAUCGGAUACAAAAAUGUUUUUAAUUCGCGUUACUAACCCGAACGCUCCUAUGCAGAGAAAAGUCAACGUGUAACACCUCUCCAGUCUGUCAUUUUUAUAAACGAUUGUGCAAAAUGAUUCACAAUUUGCCACUUUUCACAGCUGCAGUGGAUGUGAAGGCAACACAGUUGUUUCUAGUGCUAUAGUACCAUUUGGAACGGUGUUGUAGGUUUGGUUCAAUUUUGUCUUAAAAAAUCAGCACAAUUCUUACACUGAUGGGCAAAUAGGAAAAGAUAAAGGUUUAUUGUAAUUUUGUAACUUUAUCACAAUUUGCCAGGUUGGUGGAUUUAAACAGCAUUUAUAAUUGUUUUACAGUACAUAAUUUUAUUCCUCAUAUUGAGUUAUUAAAAUACAUAUUAUUCAUUGUUUUAUAGUGUCUUGUUGCUUGUACUGAACUCUGUUUUUUUUCAUUUUAAUGUUUUUUAUGAAUUAAUGAUUGCUUUAUUAUUGUGUAAUAGAUCUUUCAUUGGGACUUUAAUAAUUAUAUUUUCAAUGUUGCUUAUAGAAUAGUGCUAGAAAGUUUGUGAACCCUUUAGAAUUUUCUAAAUUUCAGCAUAAAUUCCACUCGGUCAGUUUUGCUAGAGGUUGUGUGAUCCGGUAUUUUAUAUUGGUGUCAAAAUUAUUUUUGCAUUAAAACGACACACUCCCACACAUAUACACUUAGUUCAGCACAGUUGUCUUGUAAUAUAUAAAAAAUAUUAGCAAGCAAAAGUAGGCCAGCUUUUUUGAUCACUUUAAAGCUGUAGCACCUAAACAGAAGAAGUUGGUGAAUUGGUCCAAUUAAGUCAUUAAAGAAUCGAUUUAGGUAAUUAAAAGCAGAGUUUGAAAGAAAACAUUAAGUUAUGGGGACCAAUAGAACCAGACCUGAACCACACUGGAUCUGUUGCUUCAAGAACAGGGCUUUUUACUUCACGUUUGCAAAUUGUUGCUCCACUAUUAUUUGCAUAAUGCAAACUGUAGAUACAGGGGGAACUCUGGCAAAGCAAAGUAGAGGUAAUGAGAUAACACCUGGUUAAAAGGCUCUUUGCCUCAGUUAUCCUGUUUCUUGGUAAGCUGGAGGAUCCUGGGAGGUUGGUUGCUCCUGUUUGGGUGUGAUGAUUGUUGGAACACAGGGUCUUGACGGAUUUAUUUCGAGAGAUGAA